CGCCUUUCACAUUUGGUAGCAUUUUGCCUGUUAGAGACACCCCCCCCCCCAGGAGGUUGAGUGUGAUAUAGACCUGAAGUGGGUCAGAAAGCACAGCCCAUGCUUUCCUAUCCCAGAACUUGCCUCCUAGGAGGGAACAGACCUUUCCCUACUGGAAAGAAGAAAGAGAGGAAACAGAGAAGGGGGUUUCCUUCUCAGCCAGGCAGCUGAAGCUAAACUUUGUGAAGGCCUACAUUUGUCCUGGAUGCACCUCCUUGAUCUCAGUCCCACCAGCUCCAGCCACCACAGCCUUAAGACCUAAGACCUCCCUCCAAGGAUUCUAAAAGCAAAGGAUCAACUCUGUCUCCUCAGAGCAGUUCCAAGUCUGGCUUGGAAAAGCCAACCCUGGGCUAGCGUGGAAAGCAAUACAAACCCAGUGACAUUCUUUCAGACCUCAUAGGAAUUGCUUUUUGCACAUCUAUUUAUUCAAAACGAAAGGGGUACCUUGAGGAAUGGGCACCCUGACACAAGCCCCAAACCUAUCCUUUGACUUGUGCCUGCUUUUCAGGAUGACUCCUCUUUCCUUAAAUUCUUUAGAGAGGCUGAGUUAGAGUGGCUGCUCAUUUUUAUAACAAUAUAUAGCCAGUUGUUCAUAGUACCUGUUUUAAAGGACAAGCCUGAACUCACCGUCCUGCCUCGGGGCCUGGGCUCCAUACCUGGGGAGUAGACAGUCUUCUACUUUCUAACAAGCUGGACUUGAAGUUGCCGUAAAUCGCCUGCUUGAGUGACAGGUGUUUCCCAGCUCAGCCCUUGGGGAGAUUCUCCAGUUGGGCAGGACACCUGUCCCCAGGGGCCUGGUGGGCUGGACUCCUUUGGUCCUGUUCAAAGUGAGAGGGGGCGGUUCCUGCCAGGCCUGGGAAAGGGCUCUCAUUUCCCUUUCCUUAGGUCCGUCUGUCUGUCCGUCUCUGGGAAUGUCUGCUUGCUGUUCUUUUCUUUCUCAUUUUAAACGUCUCGCUGUGGUUCUCCUCUUUUCUCUUCGCUGGAACUACUCAGCGCCCUGAUCUCGUUCCUCUGUCUCUGGCUCCGGCAUCUGUCUGGGCUCCUGGCCUCCUUCUCCCCCUCCCUUCCCCUCCCCCGCGCUGUCAUUCACCUCGCUCCUCUCCGCGCACAGCCAAUGGAGAGACCCGGCCGAAACAGCUAGGCUCGCUCGCUCAGGGCUUUUUCGCCCGGUGAUUGAUGUCCCAGAGUCAACGGCGAGCGAGCAGCCAGAGAAGGGAAGGAGAAGCCGGAGAGGGGAAGAAUACAGCUUCCCCUCUCUCCCUCCCCUCCCCCCUACUUUGGCCCUUCUGCGCACUUCGCCUUCAAGUCUCAGCGCAGCCUGGAGCCGCUGUUGCCUCCGCGCCCCUGCUAGCUGCCGGGGUAGUCCAGCGCGGCGAGCGUCCGCGCCCGGGCCCCCGCGUGGGGCCGGGGCCAGCAUGGAGCACCUGGGUCCCCACCAUCUCCACCCGGGCCACGCGGAGCCCAUCAGCUUCGGCAUCGAUCAGAUCCUCAACAGCCCGGACCAGGGUGGCUGCAUGGGGCCCGCUUCGCGCCUCCAGGACGGAGAAUACGGCCUUGGCUGUUUGGUUGGAGGCGCCUACACUUACGGUGGCGGGGGUUCCGCCGCUGGGGCGGGGGCCGGGGCCACGGGAGCUUACGGCGCUGGUGGCCCGGCUGGUCCCGGCGGCCCGGCGGGCGGCGGCGGCGGUGCCUGCAGCAUGGGCCCACUGGCCGGCUCCUACAACGUGAACAUGGCCUUGGCGGGCGGCCCUGGUCCCGGCGGCGGCGGCAGUGGGGGGGCUGGCGGCGCGGGGGCGCUGAGCGCCGCCGGGGUGAUCCGGGUGCCCGCGCACAGGCCGCUGGCCGGAGCGGUGGCCCACCCCCAGCCCCUGGCCACUGGCUUGCCUACUGUGCCCUCUGUGCCUGCGGUGCCGGGUGUCAACAACCUCACUGGCCUCACCUUCCCCUGGAUGGAGAGUAACCGCAGAUACACAAAGGACAGGUUCACAGUGGCCCUCUCACCCUUCACUGUAACACGCCGUAUAGGUCACCCCUAUCAGAACCGGACGCCCCCUAAGAAGAAGAAGCCGCGCACAUCCUUCACGCGCCUGCAGAUCUGUGAGCUGGAAAAGCGCUUCCACCGCCAGAAGUACUUGGCUUCGGCGGAGCGCGCCGCUCUGGCCAAGGCGCUCAAAAUGACCGAUGCGCAGGUCAAAACCUGGUUCCAGAACCGGCGGACGAAAUGGAGGCGGCAGACAGCAGAGGAGCGUGAGGCCGAGAGGCAGCAGGCGAACCGCAUCCUCCUGCAGCUGCAGCAGGAGGCUUUCCAGAAGAGCCUGGCGCAGCCCUUGCCCGCAGACCCCCUGUGCGUCCACAACUCGUCGCUCUUUGCCCUGCAGAACCUGCAGCCGUGGUCUGACGACUCCACCAAAAUCACCAGCGUCACGUCGGUGGCUUCGGCCUGCGAGUGAGCCUGCACCUCCGCCCAGUGGACCCAAGCCCAGUUGAGAGCUAUCAGGAGAACCAAAACUCUCUCUACCCUUCCUGGCGGCACGCAGAAGGGGAACGGGGCUUCUCUGGCCAGUUCCCACGCGCCACGCGUCCACACACCUGUGGACACUGUUCUGUCUUCGGUGGAAGAGGGCUGGGGAGAGAGGCAGAGACCUCUUUCCAGAAGCCUGUGUGAUCCUGCCCCACUUUGGAACUGUUCAGAAUCCUCUCCGUUUUCGUCUAUUUCAUUUUAUUCUGAUUUUAAUAUGGGACAGAGAGACCCAAGGGAAGUGGGGCUUGGAAGGGCUUCUGGGGUCCCCAGGUGGCUAUCUGUACUAAAGCUGGAAACAGGUGAUACCACGGUCCAUCCAGGUAUCACCUCCGAGCCACACAGAGGGCCGUGCGGCAGAGUAUCACGCUCACACACAGGAUCUUAGCAAUGACCCUUGCUGUUAGACAUUGUCCAGGGUGACUCAGACUCACAGCACGGAUCUCCUCUUACUCAAACACAAGGCCAUAGUCACACUGUGACACACCAGCCCACACACAACAGCCAAACUUGGCCUGUCAGGCCCUCGGCAGCACAUCAGAGCAGCAACCAGGUAUGCACAGACAGGCUUUCCCACAGAUUCAGCCCAUUUCUCCAGAUCCUGUUUGGGGAGGGGGGUAAGUUAUGCACUUAUAAGGUGUUUUCUGUGUAAUCAUUUUAUAAAGUGCUCGUGUAAUUUAUGUGGAAAAACAAUAAAACCCUCCGGUUCAGGA